GGUUGUUUUGUUUAUGCUUGCUGUGUUUUCAAUCAAUAUUGAUGGUGGGGUUGGUGAAAGAUUGUUUCUUUUUUUAUAGGCAUGUGCAAUUUGAAUUCCUUUGAAGCAAUUCUAUUAAAUUUUUAUUAAUUAUCCAGCUAUAUUUAGUUGUUGCUUUCAGAAUUGAAAAAGUAAAUGAAGAAAAAAAAAUAGUUUUUUUAUUAAUUAUGAAGCUAUAUUUGUGUGUUGUUGGUUUGAGCUAUUUACUAUCUAGUGUGCUUGAUUGGAUUUGGAUUCAAAAUUCAGCUUUUUUCUUGGUUUUGAAAGAGUAAAUUUCGAGAUAAGGUUUGCCAACCUACAGAUAACAAGAUUGUAUGGGUUGGCUUACCAAGUUGUUAAAGGGUUCCAGUCAUAAAUAUUCAGGACGAGGAUACGACGGGAAAUAUGGACACGACAGAGAUUCCAAUAAUAAUGAUAAUUCAGUGGAUGAUUUGAAUGAUUUUGAGAGAGAAGAAAUUGAUCGUGCAAUUGCGCUCUCUCUUGCCGAGGAAGAUCAUAAAGGGAAAAAAGUUAUAGAGGACGAAUCUGAAUCUGAAGAUGAAGAACUGUGUCCACUUGAUGACGAGGAAGAUGACCGUGUCAGUGAUGUUCAACAAGAUGAAGAUGACCAUGUUGCUAAAAUUCAACAGGAUGAAGACAAAAAUAUCGAUGAAGUUCAACUUGAGGAAGAUGAACAACUUGCCAGGGCAAUUCAAGAAAGUUUGAGCAUUGGUUCACCUCCUCGAUCUCAAACCGAUUCUAUAUUUCAACCUUUUACAAACCUCUUUCCGCCUGUAUAUAGAAUCUGUGCUGGCUGCAAUGCCGAGAUUGGCCAUGGAAGAUUUUUGAGUUGCAUGGGAGCUGUAUGGCAUCCAGAAUGUUUUUGCUGCCAUGCUUGCAAACUGCCAAUCACUGAUUACGAGUAUUCCAUGUCUGGAAAUCGCCCUUACCAUAAACCAUGCUAUAAGGAGCUGCAUCACCCAAGGUGUGAUGUUUGCAAGAUCUUCAUCCCACAAAAUUCAGCUGGCCUCAUUGAGUAUAGAGCACAUCCUUUCUGGCUACAAAAAUAUUGUCCAUCACACGAGCGCGAUGGCACUCCUCGUUGUUGUAGCUGUCAGAGAAUGGAGUCAACGGACACAAAAUAUCUUUUGCUUGAUGAUGGUCGAAAGUUGUGCCUUGAGUGUCUGGAUUCGGCUAUUAUGGAUACUCAUGAAUGCCAGCCUCUCUAUCUUGAAAUACAAGAAUUUUAUGAAGGUUUGCAUAUGAAAAUCGAGCAGCAAAUUCCUAUGCUUUUGGUUGAGAGACAAGCACUGAAUGAAGCCAUGGAAGGGGAAAAGAACGGUCAUCACCACUUACCUGAAACUAGAGGACUUUGUUUGUCAGAAGAGCAAACUGUCCCCACUAUUUUGAGGAGACCAAGUAUAGGAGCAGGCUACCGUGUCAUAGAUAUGAUAACCGAGCCUUUUAGGCUGAUACGUCGAUGUGAAGUGACAGCCAUACUUGUUUUGUACGGCCUUCCUAGGUUACUGACAGGAUCAAUCCUAGCUCAUGAAAUGAUGCAUGCUUGGCUUAGACUUAAAGGCUAUGGCAAUCUGAGGCCAGAAGUUGAAGAAGGAAUAUGCCAAGUCUUGGCUCAUAUGUGGUUAGAUUCGGAGAUCUAUUCCGGCUCUGGAAGUGAAGAAGCAUCAUCAUCCUCAACUUCAUCUUCGUCUUCAUCAUCACCUUCCUCCACUUCAUCAAAGAAGGGUAAACGGUCCGAUUUCGAAAAGGAACUCGGUAAAUUUUUUAAACACCAGAUUGAGUCAGAUAGCUCACCAGCAUAUGGAGAUGGAUUCAGAGAGGGUAACCAAGCAGUGCUCAAAUAUGGGCUUAGACGGACCCUUGACCAUAUCCGAAUCACCGGAAGUUAUCCAUAAAGAAAUGGUGAUAUAAAUACAAUUUUCUCACCUUUACAUCAACCAAUAUAUUUGAGCUUUGUCAUAUAAAUUAAAUCCAAAAGUUAUAUAGGAACCAAAUAUUUCAAAAUUGUAUAAUUUCACCAGACUCUACACAAAAUAAGGAUUGAAAAUAUGUGAGUGUUAAGUGUAAAGUUGCUGCAAUUGUAUUGAGGGUCAAGUGUGCAGUUACUGUAAUCUAUAUACUUAAAUAUUUGCAGUUUGGAACCUUAUGCUCCAUAUAUAUGUAUCACAAAAUACCUUAUAGUAGUUGAAAUUACAGAUAUACAAUAAAGUAUCAAUUUUGUAUA